AUGAGGGCUCCUCGCUGCGUCACCAGCACUCGAGGUGCCCAUGAUGGGGCGCGUGUGAGGCAUUUGAGUCGGAAGCAUCGUGCUGUGCUGCCCCGUACUGGCGCCUCACAAAAUGGCGCUUUCCCCUUUCCCUUUUCUGCCCCUCAUACCUCGCGCUUUCCCCUUUCCCCUUUCCCUUUUCUGCCCCUCAUACCUCGCGCUUUCCCCUUUCCCCUGUCCCUUUUCUGCCCCUCAUACCUCGCGCUUUCCCCUUUCCCCUGUCCCUUUUCUGCCCCUCAUACCUCGCGCUUUCCCCUUUCCCCUUUCCCUUUUCUGCCCCUCAUACCUCGCGCUUUCCCCUUUCCCCUUUCCCUUUUCUGCCCCUCAUACCUCGCGCUUUCCCCUUUCCCCUGUCCCUUUUCUGCCCCUCAUACCUCGCGCUUUCCCCUUUCCCUUUUCUGCCCCUCAUACCUCGCGCUUUCCCCUUUCCCCUUUCCCUUUUCUGCCCCUCAUACCUCGCGCUUUCCCCUUUCCCCUGUCCCUUUUCUGCCCCUCAUACCUCGCGCUUUCCCCUUUCCCUUUUCUGCCCCUCAUACCUCGCUCUUUCCCCUUUCCCUUUUCUGCCCCUCAUAUACCUCGCGCUUUCCCCUUUCCCCUUUCCCUUUUCUGCCCCUCAUACCUCGCGCUUUCCCCUUUCCCCUUUCCCUUUUCUGCCCCUCAUACCUCCCGCUUUCCCCUUUCCCCUUUCCCUUUUCUGCCCCUCAUACCUCGCUCUUUCCCCUUUCCCUUUUCUGCCCCUCAUAUACCUCGCGCUUUCCCCUUUCCCCUUUCCCUUUUCUGCCCCUCAUACCUCGCGCUUUCCCCUUUCCCCUUUCCCUUUUCUGCCCCCCAUACCUCGCUCUUUCCCCUUUCCCUUUUCUGCCCCCCAUACCUCGCGCUUUCCCCCUUCCCCUCCCCCCUUUACCUAGCUUGAAUCCUCAAGCGACAAAGCCUGUGCCCCACCUCCACCUCGCCCUGUCCCUUUUCUGCCCCUCAUAUACCUCUCGCUUUCCUCUUUCCCCUUUCUCUUUUCUGCCCCUCAUACCUCGCGCUUUCCCCUUUCCCCUUUCUCUUUUCUGCCCCCCAUACCUCGUGCUUUCGCCUUUCCCCUUUCCCUUUUCUGCCCCCCAUACCUCGCGCUUUCCCCUUUCCCUUUUCUGCCCCUCAUACCUUGCGCGUUCCCCUUUGCCCUUUCCCUUUUCUGUCCCCCAUACCUCGCGCUUUCCCCCUUCCUCUCCCCCCUUUACCGAGCUGGAAGCCUCGAGCAUCCAAGU